AUGACCGGUAUAGACGGUAGCAUAUACCCUUUAACUGGGUGGUCCGGUUGUGUGGUCAAAACCAUGGGAUAUAAAGGGUUUAAGGCCACUGUUGCGUGGUUUUUGUUUACCGUAUUGAAGAGGGUAGAUUAUGGAUUUAGCGGCUUUCGAGUUCCUAUUAUACCUAAAGCUCCUAGAUCUGCAAGGAGAAGGGGUCCUUUCAAAAAAGCAGCCGAGGAUGGUAGAGUUUGUGCUAUUGAACUACUGGCAUCUUUAGCUGGCCAGUUGUUGCAGGAGAGUGAAAGUUCUGCUUCCAGCAACGCAUCUGAAGGAAAUCAUCAACCUACCAUUAGCCAAGGUGUCAUUGAGCAAGACAGACAAGAUGAAGUUAAACCAUUAAAAACGGAGGAAAUUCACCAGGGAAGUUGCGCUGAGAGUACUGUUAAGACUGAGGUAGUGUCACAAAACAGUAGCCAGAAACCUCUUCCACAUGCCAAGAUUGAUUGUACACUAGGACGUGUUUCAGUUAAUAAUGAUUCUGACUGUUGGGAGAAAGUUGAAGCUGAAGUGAAGUCUGAAAUUUUCAAAUGGGAUAAAAAAUUUGGGAAUUAUUCUAAUAGAGUGGUAGAAACACCUGAAAAGUUUAGGGAGUCUAGUGAUGGUAACAUGAAGAAUGGAUUUAAACUGGAACAGGAAGCUGGCAGUUCAUGCUUUAGGGGAACAAAUUUGGCUGAUAAAUGUAGUUUGAAGGGCCACUUAGAAAUUGCUUCCUUUUCCAAGCAUGGGAAUGGUAUUAAAUUAGGUUUUAGAGAUGAUGACGAAAACUUUUUAAGGUGCAAAAAAGUUUGCACAAAGUUGAAGGCUUUUAGGUCUCCACGACGCAUUGCACACCGAAGAAUCAGGAAUUUGAUGUCUUCUAAAUACUGGAAGACAGCUCCAAAGUUGAAAGACUGUGAACUUUCUAGAUCUGGAGUACCUCAUUAUCAUAAGAGGAAGACUUGCUAUGCUUUUGAAAAAUCUCAGCACAACACUAUUAUUAAGAAGAGGAAAAUUGUUGAUCGGGUUUCCGGAGUAACUUCUGAUGGAGGAUUCAGCAGUGAGAGUGUGUCCAAUUCACCUCAGAAAGGGACGGAUGGAGACAAGCCUAGCUCAUCUUCAAAACUGCAUGUAGCUAAGGCUAAAGAUUCUCAUGUAAAGUUUAGCAUUAAGUCGAUAAGGAUUCCAGAGCUUUAUAUCGAGGUUCCUGAAACUGCAACUGUUGGUUCACUAAAGAGGACAAUCAUGGAGGCGGUAAUGGCUAUACUUGGAGGGGGUGCACAUGUUGGUGUUCUUCAUCAUGGGAAAAAAGUUAGAGAUGACAAUAGAACUCUAGUGCAGACUGGUAUAUCUUGCAAUGAAAAUUUGGAUACCCUGACUUUCAUGUUGGAGCCCAGUUCUAUUCAAGCUUCUCCAACCGUUUGUGUUGGGGAUCCUUCUUCUCAAUGUGAAACAUCCCAGCUUACCAGGCCCACAGAAACUCCUGUCUUAGAUUCAGGGGUUACUGAUACCUUGCUUGACUCACCCUUGCUAACUUAUCCGGGCAACCUAAUUGAAAGUAACCAUGAAUCUACUUCUUCACUCGCCGACAUUACAGUUGACAAAAUAACACCUGAUUCCAGAGCGCUGGUUCCUGUUCCAGCUAGCACAGAAGCAUUAGCUGUGGUUCCUGUGAGUCAGAAAACCAAGCGCUCUGAAUUUGUACAGCGUCGAACCAGGAGACCAUUUUCUGUGGCUGAGGUAGAAGCACUUGUUCACGCAGUUGAGGAACUUGGAACUGGGAGGUGGCGUGAUGUUAAGUUGCGAGCUUUUGAGAAUGCAGACCAUAGGACGUAUGUAGACUUAAAGGAUAAAUGGAAAACAUUGGUGCACACUGCAACAAUCUCCCCUCAACAAAGGAGAGGAGAGCCAGUACCUCAGGAGCUCUUGGACAGAGUUUUGGCUGCUCAUGCUUUCUGGUCUCAGCACCAAGCCAAGCAGCAUGGCAAGCAUCAAGCUGGAUCUGGAACCUUGAAGAUUGCAGAAGCCUCAGCUGAAAGACCGUUGGCAUUUGUAAAUGAUUUGAUGCAAUAA